CGCAAACCACCACACUACACCACAAAAUUUCAUCAAAUUCCUACUCACUUUUCCAUCAACAUCAUCACCACCAUCAACGUCAACCAAACGCAACAACCAAACAUGUCUCUCCCCCUCCUCUUCACCCUCCCGCCCUCGAACCGCCACGAAUUCAUCCUCAUCGACACAUCCUCCAAGCCCACGCUCAAAUCCCUCAAUAAGCAAAUCACAGCGACCAUCACGUCGUCGCCCAACACGGCAGAGUUCAUGGGCAAGUUCAAGGCCGCCGACGCGCCAAAGGAGACGAUUCAAGAGUUCAAGAUUCACUGGGAUACAAAGACAAGGGAUGGCAAAAUCUACCCCGAGUACACGGUGCUCACGGACGAUAAUCUCCCGGCAAUAUUGGAGUUGUUGAAGCUCAACCCUAUUAUGGGUGUGUUGGAGAUUAAGGUUGGGAAAUCGGAGUAGGAGUAGGAUUAUUAAUAUCACAGCAAUCAAUCAGAAUAGGAAGGAAAAACCUUGGGUGAUCAUGUAAUACAUAGCAGAUGUCAAGGAAUGUGGCGUUUGGAAUAAUAUCAUGAUUGAGCCUUUCCGUUACUAUCCCUUUCCCAGCUUCGAAACAGUGCAAUACUUUACAGUAGCGCCGUGCAGUGCAUCGGCGUAGAACAACCAUCUAGGUUGUCGAAGAAGCGACGCCAUGAUAUAUCCGAAAGACUCCAAGGCGAUGGU